AUGGCUUAUGUCCUCGUCACCCUCUGCUGCGUCUUCGCAGCUCUCGGCUCAUUUUUAUUCGGUUACGACUCGGGCGUGAUUUCUUCGAGCAUCGAGCAGGAUGCCUUUUUGGCCCGGUUUGGCUCGCCGGACCUCUCUGAUGCAGCCAGCGGUGGUAUUAUCUCGUCGUAUACAGGUGGUGCAAUCGUCGGAUCCAUCAUUGCUCCUUACGUUUCCGACGCCUAUGGACGCCGUAUGGUAAUUUUCAUCGGUGGCAUGCUGGCCACAUUAGGCGCUGCGCUUCAGGGAGGGGCCGUGACCAUUGCGAUGCUAAUCGCGGGACGAUUCAUCGCCGGGUUUGCCAUUGGACUGAUGUCGGCUUCCAUUCCUGUCUACUGUUGUGAGGUCGCACCGCCUCGCAUUCGCGGCCUGCUCGCAAGCAUGCAGCAGUGGAUGAUCGGGCUUGGCAUCAUGGUUGCUCAAUGGGUCGGCUACGGGUGCUCUCGAUACAGCAGCGACUUUGCUUGGAGAUUUCCACUGUCCCUGCAGACAGCACCGGCGAUCAUCCUGACCUGUGGAGUUUGGUUUCUUCCCGAGUCUCCACGUUGGCUCAUCGAAACCGGAAAAGAGGCAGCUGGGCGUGCGAUUCUCGCCCGUCUACACUCGAAUCGAGAUGCGGCCAAUAAUCAGCUUGUUGAACAAGAACUGGACCAGAUCCACAAAACAGUUGCAUACGAGCGACGAGCUGUUGUCCGUUCCUGGCGUCAGCUGUUUUUGUCCAGGCAGUGGCGCUACCGGGUUCUUCUUGCUUGCGGUCUUCAGGCAUUCACACAGUGCUCUGGCGCAAACGUGAUUCAGAACUAUGGACCUCGGUUGUACAAGUCGCUGGGGCUCUCGACAUCUGGUUCACUUAUGAUCAUCGGUAUCUGGGGUGCGUUGGCGCAGUUCUGGAAUACGGUGUUCAUGUGCUUCGUCGACAAAGUGGGACGACGAAAACUGCUCAUUCCAUCGCUUUUGGGUACGGGUGCGGCCAUGUGCGUAGAAGCUACUCUUGCCCGUUACGUUGACUUCGCCGACAGUAAUGCCAAUCAAGAUGCUCUGCGCGCCGCAAUUGCUAUGUUUUUUGUCUUUUCCUUAUUCUUUACGGGCCUUGGCCUUGUUUCCUGGAUUUAUCCCGCGGAGAUCUUCCCGACGGUCAUCCGAGCCCGCGGGUCUUCCGUAUCUACCGCCACGAACUGGAGCUUGAAUCUCAUUUUCGCACAGUGCUCGCCAAUCGCCCUGACAAAUAUUGGAGCGAACUAUUUCUAUUGCUUCGCGGCAUUUAACUGGGUGGCAGCUAUCCUGGUCUGGUUUUGGUAUCCAGAGACUGUGGGUCACUCUCUUGAGGAGGUUGAAGAAGUUUUUGUUGGCAAAAUUCAGGAAGGACAGCCAGAGGUCACUGCCACGGAGGGUUCCAGCCUUGAUAUUAGGCCACCACGAUCACGCAUUAGGCUCAAGGGCAUGGACCCUUUAUCUAUGCAUCCAACCACUACCAAUACUAGUUGGAGUACCCAUAGCGGCUCUCCAAAGCUAUGGAGUAAGAAGAUGGGUGAAGCAUGA